AUGGGGUCACAGGUCAUCUACCUGCCCGACGGGCAGAGCUAUACUGUUACACCUGUGUUCGCCGGCCUCUUCUUCAAGUCCAAUGACCUCUCUGUACACCACAACGCCUUUCCAGCCGGCUGGACCAUCGUCAUCCACACUGUUGACCCGGACGAUGGCAGCUCUGGCAGCAGAAGCACCCCCGAUAACGACUCGAUACGAGCCGAUGUCGAUGGCAGCCCCGCGCCCCAAAAGAUGUCUCACAUCCACGCUUUUACAAGCCCCACCCUCCUAAACGACAGCCUCUUCAUCUCGUCCAUAUCGAGCCCCUCGAGCCAUGACUUCAAGCCAGCAGCGAGCCCUACUCGGCAGGUAGCCAUGAUGCUAUGGGUCACGCUAUGCUGGUACUUCCACCAAAAGGCUCCCCCGUCUGCCCUGACGACGGAUGCCUCCCGGUUGACGCCUGCAGCUGGCAGGCCGCGUGGCGAAUGGCGAGUGCGCAUCAAGAGAGACGGCCUGCUGAAGGGGAGAAACCUGAUACCAAAACUGGAGCGCAUGGGCUUGAUUGCAAGCUUCAAUUCUGCCGUGGGAACCGCGCUGGACGAGACAGAUGACCAAUGGGCCAACAUGUUUGUUUCGCGCAGGAUGUUUUGGCAGACCCCCGGCCGGUUGUUCCUCUUCACGCUCCAGCCCACCACCAAGUUCACCCGAUCCGGUACUGCGUCGCCGACUCCCAGCCGGCCUGGAUCGCCAGCCCAGGGCGAGCGUACCAUCUCACAAAUUGCCGACAUUUCGGAUCUCCCCGGUGCGCCACCACCUACCACCCUUGCCAGUGUACCCUCUUUUCCGAUCGGCCCCUUUUUCUCGGCAUCCCACCUACCGACAUACUACCCUCCCGCAUCACUGCCUUACACCAUAACCAAUCACACCCGGCAUCCCCUCCGCCCGAAACCUCCUCGCAUGGGGGAAGUCUUUUAUACCCGAUUCAUACCCUCGGUGAACCAGUACCUGUCCUUUAGGGUCGCCUCCAUCUCACUUCAUCCGGUCCCGUACCUCGGACCCACAGGUCCCAAGUCUCCAACACAUACACACCUUUGUCAACUCAGCGAUACAGCCUUGGUUCAACAAUGGCACUCUAGUCCUCGUGUUUCGGCCUUUUGGGGCGAGUAUUCGCCAAAAUUUUUGUCUAAUGCAUUGCAGUCAAGGCAUAGCUUCCCAGCUAUUGGCCUGUGGGACGGUGUGCCCUUUGGCUAUUUUGAGCUUUAUUGGGUCAAGGAAGACAUUCUGGGGAGAUAUGCCGGAGGUUCUAUUGACGACUAUGAUCGCGGUUGCCAUGUCUUGAUUGGAGAAGAGUGGGCACGGGGGAGAGUGCAGAGCUGGCUGACGAGCUUGGUGCACUGGGCCUUUUGUGCUGAUUAUCGGACCCAGAGCGUGUGCCUAGAGCCAAGGGUGGACAAUGAGAGGUUUAUUCAACAUUUACAAUAUGCAGGGUUCAGCAAGGAGAAAGAGAUUGCCUUUCCACACAAGCAGGCUUGGUUUGGAAGGUUGAGGAGGGAGAAUUGGGAGGGUCCGGAACUGUGA